CUUGGGUCUCGACUUUCACUUUCCUUCCGUUCUUGUUUUGUUCAUCGGCAGCCAACUUUUAGCGUGAAAUUAUUACCAUUACGUAGCGUGAAACCAACAUCAGUCAUAUUUUUUUACUUUCUCGCUUCCCUUUUAUGCUGUGCUGUGGUCACAAAAGCGAAACACAAUAGGGUGAAAGUGAACGAAAACAAAGCGCCGAAAGAAAACGGAGUUGACACAGGCACCCUAACGCGAAGAAAGUUUAGUUGGUCGUUGGAAACCGGAUCGAUAAGGUUACGGUAACUUUGAGGAGGAAAAAAACGAGUCUUCUUCCAAAUCCCGAAAAAUUGUUCAACUUCAUUCUCCGAAGCCAGUUCAUUGCUGACGACGCGCUUAUCAAUAGAAUACGAACCCUAUUUGCACACCUCGCCCGCCAAAGUCAGAAAGUGUGAAUCGACGGCAACGACAGCUAUUCGCACAAUCGCUGCCUCACACACACACUCACACACACACAUAUUGCGCGUAUGCAGCUCGUCGAUUCAGGGCCUGCCGCGACCAGGAAAGAUUAUUCGUCGUUCACCCCUCACGCUAGACGGGUUCCGUAGCGGGUCAGUCUGGUGCGCGUCCGAUACCGUGCUUUUGUGUAUGUGUGGUGUGUUCUCGGUGAAACGUGGAAUAUUCCCGUGCAUCCCAGUAGCGCGUGUGUGAAUUAGCCAGUCCGGUCACUUCACAUUUCAAUUUACAUACGGUUUUCUUUGGAGUGUGCAAUUAACAAAACAACCCUUUCGACCCUACCGAGCAUUACCUCAAUCCAUCGCCGAAAAUGGUCACCACGUCGAGCGUUCUCGGUAGUACCAGUGCGGUGCUAGUGUCGCUGUUUUUGUUACGCAAAGUUUUCCCCUGGAUUUAUCAAAACCUUAUCGGACCAAAGGUCUUUGGUUGCCGCAUCAAUCUAAAGAAGACCGGCGAAUGGGCUCUAAUCACCGGUGCAACUGAUGGUAUAGGAAAGGCAUACGCUCAAGCGCUUGCUAGAAAAGGACUCAAUAUUAUACUAGUCAGUCGGACACUUUCUAAACUUGAGGAUGUUGCCAAAGAAAUUGAAACGGAGUUCAAGGUGCGCACCAUGGUAAUUGCCGCUGAUUUCACAAAGGGAGCUGAAAUUUACGAACAAAUCCAGCAACAAAUUGAAAAUAUGGAGAUCGGCGUGUUGGUUAAUAAUGUAGGCAUGAGCUAUUCAAACCCAGAAUACCUAUUAGGAUUGCCGGACUAUGAGAAGCUCAUUAACAAUCUACUCAGCUGCAACAUUCUGUCAGUGACGCGUAUGUGCCAGCUAGUGAUGCCAGGCAUGGUGAAACGACAUGCGGGUGUUGUGAUCAACAUUUCGUCGCUUUCUGCCGUCAUUCCGGCACCGCUGCUGACCGUGUACGCCGCGUCCAAGGCGUUCAUGGACAAGUUUUCUGAAGAUCUCGCAUCAGAAUACGCAAAACACAACAUUGUGGUGCAAUCAGUGCUACCAGGACCUGUAGCAACCAACAUGUCAAAAAUUCGUAAGAGCUCCUGGAUGGCUUGCUCACCAAAAGUGUUCGCUAACAGUGCGAUCAGCACGCUUGGACACACGCGCAAAACCACAGGAUACUUUCCGCAUGCCCUACUUGAGCUAUCUAUCAAUGCAUUAAGUUUUAUUUCACCGCGCUUAGCGGAAAAAAUUACCAUAAAUACCAUGCAAAAUAUUCGCGCCAGAGCAAUGAAAAAAUCCACAACACGAUCCAGUGCGCCUGCCGAUAGCACUGCAGUACUAACAGCUUCUUCUUAAAAUAUUGAAUUUAAUAACAACUUAUUGAUGAGGUGAACAUAGGAUGACAUUUCUAGAGUACCAAUCUGGGUUAUAGCGUAGUGAAUCCAUUGUCAAAAAAUCAAAACGCAUUUCGGUAUUGCCCAUGAACUAAGUGGCUGCUGCUAGCUUUAUUUGUAGUGUUUACAGAAUAGUCAAACCGGCUGGGCAUUUAGUGUUAAGAAGAGGGUAAGGGCUAUCCAUCGAUGCGACAAAAGGAAAUUAUUGUUUGUCCUUAAGUACAUUUCCUAGUCUUGAAUAUGGACAAAGUUUGCACAAGACUGGUGCAACAGGAGCAUAAUUUUUGUGGCGUUUUUUCGUUUCUUAAUGUUGAAGGCAUCAGAAAAAGUCAAUACAACUUGAUGUUGUAGUUAGAAAUAAAAGAGCUCAUUUCCAGCACUGUAAUCAUAGUCCUGAUACCUAA